UCCUGCAAGUAAUGUCCCUAGACACUUACCAUCACUGGUCCCUCUAACUUUUUUAUGUAUUCCAGUUCUUGAAUUCAUCUGUUCGGUUAGUUUUCUUUUUCACCAAGAAAAUAUCAAGAUUUACAGUGGUUAACGAUGAAGGGUUUCUUCCUUUCCCAAGUCUCAACCCUUUAGUCAGUGUCAAAUUUGCCGCUUCUUGAAAGAAGAAGGAAUUUUGUUUUGUAGUUUCAUAGAUUUUUCUUAGAAUUGUGAGUAAUUUGGGGUGAAAAGGAAUGGCUCAAGAUGGGUUUAUUGUGGAUAAUCAAAAUCAAGUGUCUUUAAUUAAAAAAACUGCUGUUUCUAGGAACUGGAUACUUUUGGACAGUAAUGGGCAGGGUACUAUUUUGGAUUUGGAUAAGUAUGCUAUUAUGAGAAGAGUCCCAAUAAAUGCUCGGGAUUUUCGAAUUCUUGAUCCCUUGCUGUCUUAUCCUUCUAAGAUUCUUGGCAGAGAAAAGGCAAUCGUCCUCAAUUUGGAGCAUAUCAAAGCAAUAAUAACUACAGAUGAGGUAUUGAUUCGCGAUCCACUUGAUGAAAAUGUUAUUCCUGUUGUUGAGGAACUUCAAAGA